AGACGACUCAAAAACACAGGUUGACAGUACAAAUUGUAUAAUUUGAACUAUGAGACAAUUUGAAGGCAAGGCACAGUUAUAAGGUUAUAUAAAGCUAAUGUGUUAAAUUUGGUCUAAAAGACAAUGGGCUAACAUAAAGGAGAGGUUCAUGAUGAAAUAUUAUCCUGGCAGCUGUGUACAAGAUGGACUAACGUCAGGAGAAGCACAAUAUUAAUACUAACACUAAUAAUAUCAAACACAGACCACUACUAGGUGUCAAGGUUGAUAUAAGCAUUUUCAUAUAUAUAUUAACCUGUUAAAUCCUCAUAGCCAUGUUUGAAGGCCAACACUGUUAUUUCAUUCAACAGAUGAGGAAACUGAAUCACUUAAAUAAUGUCUGAUUUUUACAGGAAGUGUCCUGCAUAGCAACCUCCAUGCAGGUAAAUAUAAGCCAAGUACAUUUCAUUUUCAAAGCAGGAGUUGAUCAUCCAAAGAAGUCAAGAAUACUCAUGCUGCUAUGUGAUAUUUCUUAUUGUUUUUAAAUGUUUUUGUUGUGGAACACUUCAAACAUAUACGAAAGUAGAAAGAAUAGUACACUGACGGAACCCCUUCCAUUCACAUACCUAAUCUAGAUUCAUCUACUAUACCUUCACUCAUUUCCUGUGCCCCUCCCUCAUUAUUUUGGAAUAAAUCACAUAUUUUACAUCAUUUCAUCAUCACUAAAUUGUUAGGCAUAUAUCUCUAAAAGAUAAAGACAUAUUUUUCCUUCUAAACAUGACCACAAUACCACCAUGAUACUUUAGAAUUUACAAUGAUUGCUUAGUAUCAAACAUCACUCAGUGGUUGAAGUUCUAAUAAUAUAUCUUACUUUAAUACUUGUUGAAACUUGCAAUGUGCUAGCAUUAGGUACUUUGACAUAUAUCAUUUCAUUUAAAUUACUGCUACUUGAAUUGCCUUUUCCCCACGUUCAUUCCUACUAACUGGAACGACUGUCUCUUCAAGAGGAUUCAGAGCCUUCGCAGCGGGCUGCUGUCGGCCUCCCUCCCGGCCUCCUGCUCCUCAGUGCGGUCCCCAGUCCUGUACUCGGCGGGAGGAGGCUCAGGCCCGGCGCCGCCUUCCGCUGGGAUCUGUUCCCAGGCCCAGGGACUCCGGCCCCACCCCAGUUGCCUAGGUGACGAGGGGCCGCUUCUCUCGGCCGGCCGAGAUCGCGGCGAUGUCGCAGGGGACGACUCCCUGGGGGCCGACCCCAGCAGGGCCGACCCCGGCGGGAACAACGCCCGAAUCGGAGAGAGACACUGAAUUCCAGGAGCAUGAAAAGAUUCUGUCUCCAGAUUUUCUUUCAGCUGAACAAAUCACUGAUUUGUUAACGGAGGACAUCGAUGGAGUUCAAGAAAAACUGGGAACAUUUUUGAAUUUCAAAAACCUUGAAACUUGUUUAAAGGAUGCUAUUCUACUAGAUUAUUAUGUAUCUGGAUUUUUGUGGGCUAGAGGAAUGGAUUUUUCUAUUAUUCAGUAUUCAAAAUUUAUGACUUUACUAGCUAUGUUACUUCAAAAUCUUAAAACACUACAUAUGUCCUUAGAGGACAGCAUAAAAUGGCUUGGAGAAGUUAUGGCUGAAAUAGGACCAACACAUUCACAAAAAAGUGAGGACUGGAAUAUCUUUGAUGUAAAACAAGCCAAUGCUAUCAUUGAUUACUUAAAAAUCAGCUUAUUUCAACACUACAAGCUAUACGAGUUUAUGUUCUUCUCUGCCAGGGAAGAAAUUGUGAUAGGAACUGAGCAAGUAAUAGAGGUUGUCAAGUCUGCAUGUAGCCCUUUCCCAAAUCCUCUGGAAGAAGGAAUCUCAUCUGAUAUUUAUUCAACAUUCAUAGAGCCCCCCACAACAUUGGAUACAGAAAUGAAGGGGUUGGAUCAAGAACAAAGUCCUGAGGAGUCUCAGCCAGAAACUGACACCUCAAACAUGGAUCCUUUAGUUGGAUUCACCAUUGAAGAUGUAAAAUCAGUGCUGGAUCAAGUCACAGAUGACAUUUUAAUCAGCAUUCAGACCGAGAUAAAUGAAAAACUGCAAAUACAGGAAGAGGCCUUUAACGCACGAAUAGAAAAAUUGAAAAAGGCCUGAGGACUCGGUACAAGGAGAGUGAUGCUAAACUUCACAGAAACAAACAAAACCAGUCAGAAUAAUAGACUCUCUGGAGCGUCGUAUCUCUGUCACUUAGUUGUGAAAGGAAAACCAAGCCCCACUUUUUAUUUUCCUAAGUAAUUAGGAAAGUAUUGGUCCCAAUUUUGCUAUCUCCCAUCCCAUAACAGCCUCUGAAUUUAUUGCACCAAGUGUAAUAAGAAUAUUUUGUAUACAAGAGUUUGGAGAAUUAUAUAUAAAAAUACAAUUACUUUUAUGAUAGUCCUUUGACGUUUUGACUAAUAAAUGCUAUUCAUCUUCAAGGAGAAUGAAGCCAACUUUUUAAAUAACCAGAAAUAAAGAAAAAUGAUAAUAACUUUAUCCAUUUUGACCCAAAUGAACUGCCACAUUACUGGAACACUGUGAAAAGAUACCAGUACCACACUACUGAGGAUAAAAUUUGUUAAACAAUAGCAAUUCAAGUGCAUAUACAUGGGUUGUUUUUUUUUUUUUUUUUUUUUACUGAAAUCAUUUGUUUUUCUUAUUUAAACGUUUCAGUGUGAAAACAAUUUUCUGAAAUUAUAUAAUGCAGUUUGAAGCACUUUAAUUUAUUCUGUACUGUAUUUGUUAUUUCUAAUCUUGUUACUCUCCCAGGAGAAUACAUGACCUAUAUAAAAAGAAGCAAUGUAUAAAUGGUUAUUAAAGACCAACCUAUAUAUAGAUUGUAAAAAUCUUAAAUACAAAUCAAACUCAUAGAGUUCCCAAAAUUAACCAUUA